AUGUCAACACCCAAUCAGAAAUGUCAUAAAUGUCAAAGUAAUUUAACCCCUUCUCAUUUUUUUAAUAGAGAAAAAGAAUAUAGGGUUUGUUCCCCUUGUAUGGAAGAAAUGAAAAGAGAGUUAGAAAGCAAAGGAGAAAAAGCAGAAUUGUGGGAUAAUUUCUUUUCAUGUAUCAAUGAACAAGGAAUAGAGAGUGAACAAUUAUCAAGCAUAAGUGUCAAAAACAAUGUUGAAAGAGUGGUUGUGUUUGAUAAUGCUAAAUGUUCUAAUUGUGAAAUGAAAGAAAUUGAAGAAGAACUUAAAAAAGAUGGAGAGAGAGACAACAAUCUCACCCAACAAUCCCAAUUACAAUCUGAAAUUUCCACCUUAGAAUCUAAUCCUAAUAAAACUCCUGAACAAGAACAAGAAUUAGAGGAAAAGAAAAGGAAAUUAGCGGAGUUGGAGGCUAAAUUGCGGGAGUUAGAAGAAAAAAAUAAAACUGAUAAUUCUACUGGAAAUGAAGAUAAAGGGGGAAUCGUCAGAAGAGGAGAAAGAAAGUUUAAGAACCAAGAAUUAAGUAAAAAUCACAUUCGAAUUGACCAAGAGGGUAAUGUUGAGACUAGUCAAAAAGUCUCACGUUUAGAUAAAACUAAAAAAGUGGCAGAGAUAACUUUAGAAGUCAUAAAACCUAUUGCCUUGGCAGUGGGAGUAGUGCAUGCGGUUGUUGUGAUUGCGACGACUCAUGCCUGUCGGAUAAUGUAA